UUAUAAUUUUUAUUGUUGUCCCGUGUAAAUGAUCUUAUUUGUUAGUCAUCAUAAAAAAUUUGGCUCUUCUUGAAAUUUAACUUCUACUUUGUUAUUUAAACUCAAAACAUUAUAUGAAAAUUAAAAUAAUUUAAAUUAACUGCGGUAAAAACGCAUAUUACAGUCAUAAUGGAACUUCAAGAUACUUAUUACAACAAAUCUGAAUAUGUUGAAACGGCAUCUGGUAAUAAAGUGAGCCGACAGACUGUUUUAUGCGGCUCUCAGAAUAUUGUUUUGCAUGGUAAAGUUAUAGUUCAAAGUGAGGCAAUUAUAAGAGGUGACUUAGCUAAUGUUAAGACCGGUAGGUUCUGUAUAAUAAGCAAGGGAUCUGUGAUCCGACCACCAUUCAAGAAAUUUAGUAAAGGUGUGGCGUUCUUCCCUCUACAAAUGGGUGACCAUGUUUUUAUUGGUGAAAAUACUGUGGUAAAUGCAGCUGUUGUGGGAUCUUAUGUUUAUAUAGGGAAAAAUGUUGUCAUAGGUAGAAGAUGUGUGUUAAAAGACUGUUGCAUGAUUGAAGAUAAUUCUGUUCUACCAGCGGAGACUAUAGUGCCUUCCUUUGCAAGGUAUUCUGGUAAUCCAGCCAAGCUUAUUACGACCUUACCAGAAGCUACUCCAGAUUUGAUGACAGAAUUCACAAAGAGCUAUUAUCAGCAUUUUUUACCUACUACUGUUAGUUAAAAAUAUUUAUUAGUUUAUUAAUAUUUAUAUAACAAAUAGUAACAUUUGUUCUGAAUGAUGUUUAUGAUAUCUGCUUUAUCUAAAAUGUAUACUUAUGUGUAUAAUAAAAUGUAUAAUUUAGGUUUGA